GAAGAAAUAAGAGUUAUAUUGAUAGGCAAGACUGGAGCUGGUAAAAGUUACCUGGGAAACGCUCUGAUGGGACGCGAGCUAUUUAAAUCGUCCGUUACAGCUGAGUCAGUCACAACUUUCUGUGCCUCUGGUAAACGAAAAAUCAAAUCAAGAUCCCACAAAUAUAUUCUGAAGGUUAUAGAUACUCCUGGUUUAAAGGAUAAUAGAAUGUCUGAAAAGGAAACAUGUGGUGAAUUGGCGAGAUGUAUAUCUUUAUCCUUACCAGGGCCACAUUUCUUCGUCAUUGUUAUACAAAUUGGAAGAUUUACAGAUGAGGAACUCAAAGUGGUUGAAAUGCUAAAAAAGGAAUUUGGUGUCGAAUUAAUGAAUUUUGCUCUGGUAGUGUUUACGCACGGAUUCAAGUUGAGUGGUAUGUCUAUAGAGAAGUAUCUGGAAACAGCACCAGCCGGAUUACAAAAAGUCGUCAAGGAAAGCGAUAAUCGAUACGCAGUUCUUGGUGACCAACGCGACAGAACGUUUCAGAAGUCUGUUAAAAACAUCAUUUAUUUAAUCGUAAAUUCACUUGGAUCCCUUCACAUGUAUUAUACGAAUGAAAUGUUUAAUCAAGCAAAUGAA